CGUGCAGCAUCCCUCGUCAGUUGCAAGUCAGGAACUAUCGCGGCCGCGUGGCGCCCGCGCGGUGUCGCCAGUCUUGCCGAUUUCGAGCGCUACCACGGUUCCGGCUGAUCGACGAACGGCGUGCGAGCGGUACCAGAAAUUUUUAAUCCGUCAAGUCGCUCGUUUACUCGCUAAACACUUCGAUCUCGCGUUCGCCCAAUGUUGUCGCGCGUUCGCGCGUUUCCACGUUUCCGUUCGCGCGAGUAGAUUCUCUUCCCAUUCUUUUUUAUGGGAAGCCGCGGAAACGGAAGCGCCGCGAUACCGAUCGGCGAACGGGGAUAUAUGUAGACAGGAAGCGCGACGUGCGCGUUACAGUGACACAGAGGAAGUUUAAAAAGCCCUCACGGCAGGAUGGAUAAAGACUUUCGCCGGAAGUAUAAAAAAAUGCGGUGUGGUCUGCUUCAUCUGCUGCUGAUAGUGGGGGGUGCAACAGGUUUGAAAGAUCUGACGAUAAAUGUACCGACCAUGGUCAGAUCAGGCGAUACCGUAACAUUGUCAUGCCAUUACGACCUGGAGGGCUUACCUUUGUACACUAUACAAUGGUUUUUCAAUGAUCACGAAUUUUAUCGCUUCAUACCCGACCGCAGACCACCAUCGCCACCCUACAGCACUUUCGAUGUGGCUGGCAUACAAGUUAACGUCUCCAAAUCGAACUCGCACGACGUAACAUUGGUGGACGUGUCCAGGGAGCUUACCGGGACCUACAAGUGCGAGGUGUCCGCGGGCAGCCCUUCCUACCACACCAUGAUCGAAAGGGCCAAGAUGGAAGUUGUCGACGCCCCAAAAACGGAUCCUGCGAUUCGUACCGAGAAGGAGCGCAUAGCGGUGGGCGAGACGCUACGGGCGAACUGCACCUCGGGCAAAUCCCGGCCCGCCCCCGCCGUUACGUGGAAGCUCAACGGUGAAGUCAUCAUGGAGAGCAAUGGGCUCUACAAAAUACGGCAUCAUGAAAAUGCUCACGAAAACGAGUCAUUAUCUGUAAGCUCGCUGAUCGAGUUUAGAGUGACGAACAGUAUGUUUCGCAAAGGACACUUGCAUUUGCGCUGCACGGUUUCCAUUUCAGACGUUUAUCGGAAAUCGGCGGACAUCGAAAUCUCUGAGGACAUGCCGCGUAUCGCAUCGAUCACCGGCGAAUCACCACCGUACGGUCACCGACCGAACGGAUGCGCCGGACAGAAUUGGCCCUGGAAUGGUAAUCGCGGCGCAGCGAUAAUAAUGGCCAUCAUGGCGGCCACCCUAUUCCUGAUGAUGACAUCGCUGACGAUGACGGUACCCCCGAUAACGAAUGUACUGCCGAGGUGUGAGCCGAUGGUUAGCAGGUAGCUCGCGGGUAUCCUCCAUGAAGAUAUCGCUACCACUGUCUGAUCCGAUUACGUCGUCCAUGUAAAACCUAGUAGUCUAGGGCUUCCAGUUAUAUAUGUUACUAUGUAUAGAAUAGAUAGUCGAAUAACGAUGAUUUUUAUUCUCGAGGAGCCUAUGAAACGGAAAAGAAUCGGUGAAAACGCUGAAACGGAUCGACGCGGGGCUAAGCGUAAUUCAUAUACAGUUACUUUCAACAUGUUGUCUUUCGAUGUAAAUUGUUGAUCAUUAAUAAGAAAACGAAAGAAAAAAACAAACAGAUGUGAAGAUUAAGGCAGCGUCCAUGUAUCGAGACAUAGGCAAUAUGGUUACUUAAGGCAACAAGGUGAACGUGAAAUUGUUACCGUGGGGAUCAGCUUCGUAAGCGAUCGGGAUUAGACGGUGGCACAAACGUUUCAAUAACGAAGAAACGGAGAAGAAGAUAAUGGUGAUUCGAACUUCCGUUACGUUCUGAAUUUAAUUUUCCGACGGAACACACACACACACACACACACACACACACACACACGUCGAGUGCUGUAAGCGCUAUAUUUAUUAGUGAUCGGAGUGUUCACCAAGUGUCAAAUAUAGAUUAUACAGGGGUAACUAUAUGAUAAUUGAUAUAAUAAUGUUAGCGCAGUAACGAGCGGCGUUCUGCUCAAUAUUCGCUCCUUUUAUGAUGUCUAACAGAAAACGCAUCAUAGGUACCGAUUUGUAAUCUGUACAAAUUGUAAUAAAUUAUAAUAAUGAACCGUAAA